AUGGGCUUCAACCCCACCACCACCAUUUUGCUUAUUGCUGUCUUACUCGUCGUCUUGCCAGCGAGAGUAGAAGCAUUUGGAGCUGGAAAUAUUGCCUCUGUUUCAGCUAUCGAGGGCAAGAAUUGGCGCCAUGGAGAUAUCGAAGAUGUCAUCAAGACCCUUGCAUUCAUCAAGGGUCAUAAAUGGACGGCCAAUAUGGUAAAGAGGGUCUAUUUCGGUAACUGGCUAAGAGAUUACUCGCAAGCUGUCGAUGUUGGGACUCUGAAAAAUGUCCAGGCAGACAGUGUCCGUAUCCUUGUAUGGGUUUUGUCCUUUGUGACUUUUGGAUACGCCACUGCUGAAUUUGAAGUUACAUCCGAAAGACUUGGAGUGUAUCGGCCAGAGGAGCACAUUGAUAACCCAAAGGGAUAUGCGGAUGAUGCAGACGCACGACAAUAUGAUCCACGUUUACGCGGUCCUGUCCGGCAAGUUGAGCUUGAAAUCGACCAUGAAACCGGCAUGAAAAACUAUAUUGCCAACGAACGAGGCAACUGGGCUACGAGUGCCGGCUAUGUCAAGUACAGCUUCUCCCGCAGUAUCCACUUUGCCCGCCAGUACAUCAACGGAGGCCACCUGCGCAAGGGUAAAGAUGAAGAUCUAUACGAGGCUCUACGCUGUCUGGGUCAAGGCUUGCAUACUCUGGAGGACUUUGGAGCCCAUACGAAUUAUUGCGAGCUGGUUUUGAGAGAGAUGGGCAUGCUCAAUGUCUUCCCUCAUACUGGAACGAACACGAUGAUGAACAUCCGAGGAAAACACGUCUUCCCAUUGGUAACAGGCACCUUUGGGAUGGUAGACUUCCUCCACUCAGUGCUGGGUGAAGCCUCGGACCAUGUUACGCAAUCUGAAAUUAGCGAGCUGGACAAUACACUUGAGAACGCAGAGGUGGGCAGUGCCACGACCGGCUCAGUGAACACCCUGACGAGCUUGCUGUCAAAGGUCCCCGGAAUGGGUGACCUGAUUGCUGAAGCUGAGAAGUUAAAGGCUCAAUCUCAAGCUCAGGCCCAGGCCAACAACAGCGCCGGCCACGGCUACGGAGGUGCCUCUCGAGGGUUCGAUGGCGGACAGGGACAGGCGUAUGGUGCAACAGGAGGAUAUGAUCAGACAACCCGGGCUGCUGGGCCGGGAGGAUUGCCCAAUAUCGACCCUCAGAAGACUAUUUCCCAGAUAUAUCCGAUUCUUGUCUUCAGAGACAAUGUCGUGAGAAGAAUCUCUGCCGUCGUAUCAAAGAUUCCUGGCCUCGAGUCUCUUGUUGAAAAGAUUACAGACACGUUGAGCGUGUUCAUCUUCUCGCUCCUCUCUCCCUUUAUUCGACCAAUUAUCAAGGUAGCAACAUCACAACUGCAGACCGGAUCAUCGGGGGUCAUUAGCACUUCAGAGCAGCAUCAGUACGAGCCAUGGACGGAUCCAAACUGUACUGAUCCAACUCACUCCCUACUUUCAAAGGAUCACUUCUCCAAUAUUCUUAACGAGCCAGCCGGACAUGUUGCAGCUGCCAUCUUGAAAUAUGUAGUACCUCGAAUAUUGUAUGCAUGGCAGCACGUCGAUAUCCCAGUCGAUGAUGUUCUCGCGGAUUGUAUGAAGGUAUUCCACCAUCCGGCGCUUCGGGAUAUGAACAACGAGGCUCAUCGGACAAUGUUUGAGGCUGUACAGAACUGGGCUCGUUCAAGACGCGAUGGUGGUGCCGGUCUAGAUACAAUCCUGAACGCACAAAACGUUAGAGAAGGCAAAAAUCACACGGGCGGGAACCCUCAUCUGCAAGGAGGAGGCCACGGACAUGGCUCUGGACAUGGAUAUGGCAACACGGUCGGUGCCCAGCAGCCAAUGCAUCAGUCUGGACAUGGAGGGGGCCAUGCGUAUCAGCCGCCAUAUCACCAGCAGCAACAACAACAUCAAAGCUACAACUCGCCUCCCUAUGGGCAACAGUCGUAUCCUCAUCAAGGUGGCGGUGGCAGCUCUCAACAUAGCAGUAAUCCACUGUCAAACAUUCCGGGUCUGUCGGCCCUUGCGGGUCUUACGGGCAGCUCUUCACAUCAGGGAGCGGGCCACUCGACUGCAGGGUCAGCAUCAUCAUCUAUUCCGUGGGAUAAAUUGUCUCAUCUACCCAUCCCAGGUGCCUCCAAUAUUGGCAAAAUAGGGGGAUUCUUGUCAGGAUCAGGGGGCCGGACCAGGGAUCUCGGCGAUGAGACUGGAAGGGGUAUCGCGCCAGAGGAACAUCAAGCGUCACGAAGCACAACGCCGCAGCCAGACAUGCCACCCCCCGCUGGCUACGAGCACUAUCACCAGCAGAGAGAAGGUAAUUCUGUCUAUGAGCCACCAAGUGAGGGUGCCCACACAUAUGACUACUACUAUGGUCCAGGCCGCGACAGCGGCUACGGCCACUCACAUCAGUACUAG